AAAUGUAGAACCCAAAAAGAGAGAAAAUGCAAACUUCCGAUUUGAAUAUAACAACAAAAAUUGAAGACUACCCAGUCUUAGGGACAUUAGCUGGAUGUAAAGUGAAGGGGAAACAAGCGUGUAAUGUUUGUGGGAAGGAUACACCUCAUAGGUGGCUAAAGUUUAGUCGGAAACAUGUAUACAUGGGUAAUAGGAAGCGUCUCAGACCUGGUCAUCCCUAUAGAAGAAAAAAACAUUGGUUUGACAACACUGUGGAGUCUGGUACUGUAAACAGAAUUCAGAGUGGAGCUGAAAUAUUUGAGAGUCUUAAAGACUUCAGAAAUGAUUUUGGACGACCUUUAGAUAAGAAAGGUAAGAGGAGAAAGAGAGAUGUGGAUGAUGAAGAUGUUAUUUCAGCUGAAGAAUAUGAAGAAGACAAUGUUCUUUGGCGGUGGAAAAAACGGUCAAUCUUAUUUGACUUACCUUACUGGAAGUAUAUGCUUGUAAGGCAUAAUAUUGAUGUAAUGCAUGUUGAGAAGAAUGUAUCUGAUGCACUGUUGUCUAUUCUGAUGCAUUCUGUGAAGUCAAAGGAUGGUUUGAAAGCAAGACAAGAUUUAGAAGACAUUGGAAUCAGAACCAACUUACAUCCAGAGGUACGUGGGAAGCGAACUUAUUUACCUCCAGCUGCUUAUUGGCUUUCUAAGGAAGAAAAACGUAAAUUCUGCAAAAGGCUAUCCAAGUUCAGAGGUCCAGAUGGCUAUUGUGCAAAUAUAGCAAAUUGUGUAUCAGUUGAUCCUCCCAAUAUUGGUAGUCUGAAAUCGCAUGACCAUCAUGUUCUAAUGCAAAAUUUGUUUCCUGUGACAUUGAGAGGUUUACUUCCAAAAGGACCGCGGAUUGCAGUUAGUCGUCUCUGCAAUUACUUCAGUAGACUAUGCCAACGUGUUAUUGAUCCAGAGAAGCUAGUUACACUAGAAUCAGAGCAAGGGAAGCUCGCUUGGGUGGCCCCGUACAUUUCAGAUGGAUGUAUCCAUUUGAGAGGUACUUGUUCCACUGAUCCAGAAGACAAGGUCCAUCUCUGUCCUUUAGGUCCCAAUGCUAGCAAGAUCUGGGUAGAGGUUUCCAAGAUUGAUGGUGCACGAGUGUGGAGACCAAAUUCUGAAAUUCAAGUAAUAUCUGAUGCAGUAGGAAACUGGGUGGCUUGGCCUAACAAGCAUAUUGUAUUCAUGUGAGCAUAAGUUUGUGUCAAAAAACAUUGUUCUAUCUC